AUGGCGCCUCCAUCGUCGCUCGUCUCGAAGCUCAAAGUCCAGCUCAAACUCUCCAUAUCGCGGCUACGGAUGGUAGAGCAGAAAGACUCAGCGCUAGCAAAGCAGCAACGACGCGCCAUGGCGCAACUGAUCGAGCAAGGCAAACUCGAAUCCGCCAAAAUCCGCGUCGAGAACAUAAUCGCCUCGGACAUAACCACCGAACUCCACGAGAUCCUCGAGCUAUACUGCGAGCUGCUCCUCGCGCGAUCCCAGCUCCUCGAACCCCCCUCCUCGCUCUCCCCGUCCCUCUCCUCGCGGGACUCCCACUCCACGCCCCAAUGCGACCCGGGCCUCGAAGAAGCCGUCCGCAGCCUCAUCUACGCCGCCUCCCGAACCGAGGUCAAAGAGCUACACGCCGUGCGCGCUUUGCUGGUCGAGAAGUUCGGGAAGGAGUUCGCGCUGAGCAGUAUGGAAGGCUCCGGGGUCGCGGAACGCGUGUUGAAGAAGCUGAAGAUUGAGCAGCCGAGGCCGGAGCUGGUGGAGGGGUAUUUGAGGGAGAUCUGCAAGGCGUACGGUGUCCCGUUUCCUGGGGAUAACGAGGAUGGUGAUGAAGAAGAUGGCGAGGAAGACGAUGACGAUGAAGAUGGCGGUAGUGGAGGACAGAAGGUCAAGGCGCUGGAAGCGCCCCUCGAGGCAGAGGAGCUGAGCAAAGCGACGCCGCCGCGGGAUCUGGGGCCCAAGAGUCCGCUGCGCGUCACGCCGCAGAGUCCGACGUCCGAGAACGUGGCGCCGAGAAUUAAGUUGCCGGGGCCGCCGGAGCUGAAGCCGGGAGCAGGGAAGCUGAAGAAGACGACGGCGAGUACUGGCGAGAGGAGACAGAGUAAAACGGAGAAGGACGAUGGGCCUGGCGGGAAGAUACCGGAUGUGGACGAGCUAGCUAAGAGAUUCGCGCAGCUUAAGAGGUAA